UUACAUCCUGUGCCCCCGGCAUCCAAUGGCAGUAGCUCCCAGUCUUCUUGUGAACAGCCUUUACCAUGGUUCAGUCUAAAGUGCUUAGGAGGAGUGGAUAACAUCGGACUAUCGUCUUUGAAACACAUAUCCCAUAGCCUCUUGAUGCAUCCCCUGUCUCAAAAACUAGGUCCCAUAUCUGCUGGCCUAUGCAGUGGGGGUAUCCUGAUUACUGGACCAAAGGGAAGUGGCAAAUCAACCUUAGCAAAGGCCAUUUGCAAAGAAGCAUUUGAUAAAUUUGAUGCUCACUUGGAAGUGAUUGACUGUAAAACUUUAAGAGGGAAAAGAUUAGAAAAUAUAAGGAGGAAACUGGAAGAAGCCUUCCUAGAGGCAGCAUGGAGACAGCCAUCUGUCAUUCUAAUGGACGAUCUUGAUCGUAUAGUGGGCGUUCCCCUUGCUCCAGGACACGAAAACAGUCCUGAAGCAGUCCAGAGCACCCGUCUCGCUCAUGUUCUGAAAGAUGUGAUAAAAGAAGUUACUUCCAUGCACAGUUUGAUUGCAUUUAUUGCCACAAGUCUAUCUGAGCAGUCCCUACAUUCUUCCAUCAUUUCUACUCAAGGAAUUCAUAUAUUUCAGUGUUUCCAACAUAUUCAAGUUCCAAAUCAGAGGCAAAGAUAUGAAAUACUUCAGUCCAUAAUAAAAAACAGAUUUGACUUCAGUGUAGACAGAUUCUGUGAUCUUGAUCUCCAUCAAAUUGCAAAGGAAACAGAAGGAUUUGUAGCUAGAGAUUUGACAAUGUUAACUGAUCGUGCCAUCCAUUCAUGUGUUUCUAGCAGAGGAGCAUGUAAAAAAGAAGAUCUGGUUCUGUCAACUUUAGAUUUCCAAAAAGCUUUACAGGGUUUCACCCCAAUAUCUUUGAGAAACAUUAACCUCCAUAAACCUCAGGAUUUGGGCUGGGAUAAAAUUGGUGGUCUUAAAGAAAUACAGCAAACACUUAUAGAUACCAUCCAGUUACCUGCAAAGUAUCCAGAAUUAUUUGCCAAUCUGCCCAUACGGCAAAGAACAGGAAUCUUACUAUAUGGGGCUCCAGGAACCGGAAAAACUUUACUAGCAGGUGUGGUUGCCCAAGAGAGUGGAAUGAAUUUUAUCAGCAUCAAGGGGCCAGAACUGCUCAGCAAAUACAUUGGAGCAAGUGAACAGGCAGUUCGAGAUAUAUUUAACAGAGCUCAAGCAGCCAAGCCAUGCAUACUUUUCUUUGAUGAAUUUGAUUCUCUUGCUCCUCGAAGAGGUCACGAUAACACUGGUGUAACUGACCGAGUUGUUAAUCAACUGCUGACUCAGUUAGAUGGUGUAGAAGGUUUAGAAGGAGUUUAUAUACUAGCAGCCACUAGUCGUCCUGAUUUGAUUGACCCUGCUCUUUUGAGGCCCGGUCGGCUGGAUAAGUGUCUAUAUUGUCCACCUCCUGAUCAGGCUUCCCGAUAUGAAAUAUUAAAAGCUCUGAGUCAUUCUCUUACUUUGGCACAUGAUGUGGAUUUUCAGCAUUUGGCAGCAAAAACUGAGUAUUUCACUGGAGCAGACUUAAAAGCUUUAUUAUACAAUGCCCAAUUAGAAGCAGUGCAUGCUAGUUUGAACUCAACUUUGCCCCAGGAGAUAGGUUCCAGCUCAGAUAGUGAUCUUAGUCUAUCCUCAAUGGUUUUCUUAAACCAAAGUAGUGGAUCAGAUGAUUCUGCCAGAGAUGGAGAAGGAGGCUUAGAACAGUCAUUAACUUCCCUUGAGCUGUGUGACCUGCUUCCUGAAGAUCCAAGGUCUAACAUCUAUCGCCUUUACUUUGGCAGCUCCUAUGAAUCUGAACUUGGCAAUGGAACUGCUUCAGAAAUGAGUUCUCAGUGUUUCUCAGGACCAAACUCCAUAAACCAUGAAUUAACCAGCAUAACUCUGAAGGAUUUAGUAUCUUCUCAACCUCCAACUUUAAGAACCACUUUACAGGAGGAAGUUGCUACCAGCAUGUCAUCAGUAACCAAAAGAACUCUAAAUAUUACUCAGAUUCAUCUAAUGACUGCUCUUGAAAGUACAAAGCCAUCUAUUAGUCAAGAAGACUGGAAUAAGUUUGCUGAGCUCUAUGAUAAUUUUCAAAAUCCAAAGAGAAAGGAGUCCAGUGGAGCAACUUUCAAACAAAAAGUAACAUUAGCUUAACUGCUGUUAAAGCAGUAUUAAUUAUGCUCAUUGAGUAAUUUUCCAGAAAAGUGUUUACAUGUUAAAUUGUAUCUAUGAACAUGAAUAUGUUAUUGCUAAUAUGAAGAACAUUUUAAUUAUUUCAAGAUUAUUUUACAUCAUUUUAAUUUUCAAAUUAUGCUUUCCUGAAAACUAUAUUAAAACCUUUGAGAUAUC